AUGCUGAGAUCAAGACUAAUAAAUGCUAGUCGAGUUGGCUCGAGAUUCAUUUCAAGAACCCAACAAAGAUCAAUCCAUACCAUCCAAAAUUCAUCCAAAUCUUCAUCAACAAGUCUUUUAUUAGCAACAACUAUCACGAGUGCUGAAUCUUCAACAACAAGUUUGUCAGAAUUAUCACCACCAAAAUAUGGAUCAAAAGAAGAUUUAGCAAAAGCAAAAGAAGAAAUCUUGAAGAUUGUUGGUGAGGAUAAUUUAGCCACAUCUCAAGCAGAAUUAGAAUCUCAUUCAGAUACUUAUUUCAAUUCCCAUCAUGCCCUAGAUGAUCAAAGACCUCAAUUGAUUGUCUUCCCAUCUUCCACUGAAGAAGUUUCACAAAUUUUGAAAAUUACUCAUAAAUACCGUAUUCCAAUAAUCCCAUUUUCAGGUGGUACUUCAUUGGAAGGCCAUUAUAUUGCCACCACGGGGACACCAUCAAUUACAAUUGACUUAGCCAAGAAUAUGAAUAACAUAAUUGCAUUACAUAAAGAAGAUUUAGACGUUGUUGUCCAACCUGGUGUUGGUUGGGAAGAUUUACAUGAUUAUUUAACUGAUAAAGGUUUGUUAUUUGGUCCAGAUCCAGGCCCAGGUGCUUUGAUUGGAGGUAUGAUUUCCACUUCAUGUUCUGGAACUAAUGCUGCAAGAUAUGGUACCAUGAAGGAAAAUGUUGCUGGGUUAACUGUUGUUUUAGCUGAUGGUACUAUAAUUAAAACUAAAAACAGACCUAGAAAAUCAAGUGCCGGUUAUAAUUUGACUGGGUUGAUCAUUGGUUCUGAAGGUACUUUGGGGAUUGUUACUGAAGCUACUUUAAAACUUCAUGUUAAACCUAAAGAGGAAACUGUUGCAGUUGUUAGUUUUGACACGAUUUCUGAUGCUUCCAAUACAGUUGCUGAUAUUGUUCAACAUGGUAUUCAAGUUAAUGCAGUGGAACUAUUAGAUGAUAAAAUGAUGCAAGUUGUUAAUGAAUCAGGAGAAACUACAAGAAAAUGGAUUGAAAAACCAACAUUAUUUUUCAAAAUUGGAGCAAAUAAUCAAAGUGUAUUGACAGAAUUGAUUAAAGAAGUCAAUUUGAUUUCUCAAUCAAAUAAAUCUUCAAAUUUUGAAUUUGCUAAAAAUGCAGAUGAAAUUGAAGAACUAUGGUCAGCAAGAAAAAUGGCAUUAUGGUCCACUAUAAAUAAAGGUAGACAAGAACAUCCAGAUAUGCAAAUUUGGACUACUGACGUUGCAGUACCAAUUUCAAAAUUAGCAAAUGUGUUGAGUGAAACUAAAUCUGAUAUGGCCAAAUCUGGAUUAACUGCAACUUUGGUUGGUCAUGCUGGUGAUGGUAAUUUCCAUGCCUUUUUAUUAUAUAGACCUGAACAAAGAUCAAUUGCAGAGGGGCUUGUCGCAAAUAUGGUUAAAAGAGCCAUUGAAGCUGAAGGUACAUGUACUGGUGAACAUGGUGUUGGUUAUGGUAAAAGAGAGUUUCUUUUGGAAGAAUUGGGUGAAGAUCCAAUCAAUAUGAUGAGAAGAAUAAAAAUGAGUUUAGAUCCUCUUAGAUUGUUAAACCCUGAUAAAAUAUUCAAAAUUGAUCCAAAUGAUCAUGAGCAUUAG